CUCCUCCAGACCAUGCUGGACCACUCUCUAAACAACAACACGGGGGUCAACCUGGUGGUGGUGUGGGUCCACGGCCUGGUCUCCUGUCUGGGUAUCCUGGAGAACGCUCUGGUCCUCUGGGUGGUCGGCUUCCGCCUGCGCCGCCGGACCGUGGCCUCUGUCUGGGUUCUCAACCUGGCCCUGUCAGACUUCCUGGCUACGCUGACCCUCCCUCUCUUUACACACUACCUGCACUCCUCACACAGCUGGGAGCUGGGAGGUCCGCUGUGUACGGCCCAGUCCUCAGUCUUCUUCCUCAACAUGUUUGUCUCAGCCUUCCUCCUGGCGGCCAUUUCUCUGGACCGCUGUCUCCUGGUGGCGCGGCCCGUCUGGAGUCAGAACCACCGCUCCAUCAGCGCCGCCUGGAAGGUGUGUGCUUUGGGCUGGUUGUGGGCGGCGGCCAACACCUUCCCUUACUUCCUGUUCCGGGCGGUGACGGAGAAGACGGACGGAAGGAAGCUCUGCUACCACCAUUUUGGAUUGUACUCGUCGCCAGGGAAGCUGGAGAGGGACUGUAGGGUACGGCAGGCGGCGACCGCCGUGUCCAAGACGUUCCUGGCGUUCCUACUCCCCCUAGUGGUGAUUGCAGGGAGCUACGCCCUCUUUGGCAUCAGUCUGAGCCAGAGGAGGAAGAGGAGGAGGAAUAACAGCAGUAGUAGACUCACUGGGGCUUUGAUUGUUACCAACGUGGAACGUAGAGAGUCAAAACCCAACACAAACACCAAAAGCUCCACCCCCAACCCAAAAGGCUCCACCCCUACCUCCACCUCCGUCAAAUUGUCUUCUAGACGGACCGAGCCCGGCCUAUCCCGUGGCUUCACCAAAAUGGUGACAUCAGUCAUCGCGACGUUUGCCCUCUGCUGGGCGCCUUAUCACGUGUUCUGCCUCAUUGAGGUUGCUGCACAGUACUGGCCGACCAAGGUCGUGUUGGUGGAGGUGGGGUUGCCAAUAGCGACGACCUUUGCCUUCCUGAACCCCGUGUUAAACCCGGUGCUGUACGCGUUCAGCUGUCCCAACUUCUGCAUCCGGAUCAGACAGAGUCUGGGGGCGCUGAUGGAGGGACUGGUGGAGGAGGGAGGGAUGGGUGGAGUAGGAGAGGGGGGGCUGGGGUUGAGUAGAUCAUCUGCCUCCAUCAACCACAACUUCAAAGCCAGUUGUGGAGACCUGGAGCAGGGAGAGGACCCUCUGAACUGA